CUUUACCCACAUCUACACUCACUGUGACUCCAAACAGUCCUGUAUUCACUGGAGAAAGAGUGAGUCUGAAGUGUGUGAUUGAGUCUGAUCACAGUGACUGGAGAUAUGAGUGGUAUAAAUACAGCACUAAAGUGUCUGAGGGUUACACUGUAAAUGGAAACACUCUCACUAUUGAACGAUCUGAAACAUCUGAUUCGGGUCGGUACACGUGUAAAGGACACAUAGAUGGAAGAUCAGUCUCAUCACACUCCAGCUCUGAUGUUUAUCUCUCUGUGACGGACUUACCCAAAACUGAACUGACUGUAGAUCCAAAGAGUCCUGUAUUCACUGGAGAGACAGUCAAUCUGAAGUGUGUAAUAAAGUCUGAUCACAGUCACUGGUCAUAUUACUGGAGAUAUGAGUGGUAUAAAGGCAACACAUACAACAGUGUAAUGUUACAGCCGUCUGAGCGUUACACUGUAAACAGUGACACUCUUACUAUCAGAGGAGCUACUGAGUCUGAUCAGAAUCAGUACUGGUGUAGAGUAUGGAUAAAUGGAAGACCAUCAUCCUCACAGGAGAGCAACCAAAUGUAUCUUGCUGUUAAUGAUCUGAAGCCAAAGCCUGAACUCACAUCAGAUGCUGCAGGAGCUGCACUGACAGAAAACACAGUGACUUUGACCUGUCGCGUGAAUCUGUCCCCUGGAUGGGACUUUUACUGGUACACACACACACUGAACUCUGAGACAAAGAAGAGAGUAAUAAACUUCUACAGAGUGAAGAUUGAUUCAGUGUCUGAUGGAGGCCAGUACUGGUGUAGAGCUGGAAGAGGGGAACCAGUCUACUACACACAAUACAGUGAUGCACUGUGGGUGAAUGUUACAGUGAGUCCUAAAGCUGUGGUGACGGUACGGCCUGAUGAACGAGUGUUCAGAGGAGAAACAGUCACUCUCAGAUGUGAUAUAAAGUGGGGAGGAGACACUGAGUGGACGUACAGAUGGGAAACAGAGGGAACAAACUACCAAUAUACAAACUCUGUCAGCCGAAUCUCAACACAAGAGUUGAACAUCAGGAGUGUUGAUCACUUUCACAGCGGUAAAUACACCUGUACAGGACAGAUGGGAACACAAAGCUCUCAGCGCAGUGAUGCUGUUACACUGACUGUAUCAGCUGAAGCUCAGGCAGCAGUGCGAGUGUCUCCACAGCCGUGGCUGACUGAAGGAGACUCAGUGACUCUGAUCUGUGAGGUUACAGGCUCCUCUACAGGCUGGACGUUCAGCUGGUUCAGAGAUGAUGAUCAUCUGUCCGACAGCAGCAGAGGAGCUGGAGGCUCUUACACUCUCAGUCCUGCUGCUCUACAGCACACAGGAGUUUAUACGUGCAGAGCAGAGAGAGGACGAGCAGCCUAUUACACAAAGUACAGUAACACACAGCCACUGUGGAUCACUGGUGUCUCUGCUUCAGUGUCUCUGGUGGUCAGUCCCAGCAGAAGUCAACACUUCUCAUCUGACUCUCUCUCUCUGAGCUGUGAGGAUCAGAGUAACUCUGCUGGAUGGACAGUGAGAAGAUACACAGACAGAAACACAGAAGAUUGUUCAAAACUAACAGGAUCUACAUGUCGGAUCGUCUCUCUCAACACAUCUGACGCUGGAGUUUACUGGUGUCAGUCUGAAUCUGGAGAGAAACAUCAUCCUCUCAACAUCACUGUUCAUGAUGGUGAUGUGAUUCUGCUGAGUUCUGUUGAUCCUGUGAUUGAGGGAGAUACUCUGACUCUACACUGUUUACAUCGAUCUACAAACUCCUCGAUCCUCAGAGCUGAUUUCUAUAAAGACGGAUCACUUGUCCAGAAUCAGACAACAGGAGAGAUGAGUAUCACGACUGUCUCAAAGUCACAUGAGGGUCUGUACUACUGUAAAACAGAGAGAGGACAGUCACUGCACAGCUGGAUCUCAGUCAGAGCAGCUUCAUCUUCUCUUCUGGUCGCUGGUGUGGUUGUGGGAUUGAGUGUUUGCCUGUUGUUCUUCCUCUCACUGCUGCUGAUGUGGAGAUACAAGAAGAACAAAGAUCAGCAGCGUAACAUUAACCAGACAUCAGUCCCAAAUCAAUCUGCACAAUCUCAACUGGAAAACUAUCCUCUACAGUCUGCAGGUUAUGAUCACAUUUAUGACGACGUGACUGAAGUGAAUAAGAGAGACAGAGAUGAUCCAGAGCCCUUGGUAGAGGUCACAUAUUCAGAGGUCACUGUUAAGAAAAAGAUGGACAAAGGUAAUACUAAGGCAGAGUCAAAUAAUGUGACAUACUCAGAAGUCAGAACAAAAGGAAAGAAAUGCAAAAAUAAAGAUAUUAAUACUGCAGGAACCAGUGAUUUGACUUACGCACAGAUCAAUAUACAAGACAAAAAGAACACCAAAGGCAAAGGAAAGAGCAGUGAGUCUGGAGACACUUUGUACUCUGAACUGAACCACAACAGAGAUAGAGAUGCUGAUGCUGGAGUUGGUGAUGCAACUUAUGCUCUAGCUUUUUGGAAGAAGAAUAAAACACGUCCCUGAGUGCAGAGAAGACAACAGACGGCUAAAAGAGAUUCACACCAGCAGACACAGUAACGCUUGCAUUGCUUAAGAAAUGUGAACUGCUUAUGCACAUGCUUGAUUGAAAGACUUUAGAGAUAGGCACUGUAUUAGCUGUACACAUUAUGUAGGCAAACAAAUCUAUCUGUAAUAUAUAUUAAAUAAUUUUCCAUUUGAGAACUUUUGUUUAACAGCUUUACGUGAAACUGCUCUUCAAGUUAUUACAUUAUUACAUGAUUCGACUGGUCCUGUACAGCAAUUAAACAGUAAUUGGGCACUUGUUUGAUAGUUAAAUAUAAUACGUUCUUGGUCUUAUAAAAUAAUGCCUAUGUUUUUGCCAAGACGGUGAGACUAAGAUGAUUUUCUUGCAUAUAUUCAUAAAUACUGC